UCAUUCGUGAUUUUCAUUCUUACGUCCGAGACUUAGAUAAAUUCAGUGACGAGUAAGUCCGUCGAAUGAUGCAUGUACAGCGAAGUCAGGGUAUCUGAAUUUGCAAAUUUGAUUGGAGAAAUUGAGAAAUAAUAAUAUUUCUGUUCGCCGAAGGGACAAGUGAUAGUAAAAAAAGGUGUUUAUAAGCUCGUGAUAACGUUAGCGAAUAUGAACGAAUGUGCGUCCACUGAGGAAGUUCGCCGCGGUUCACGGAAGUGCACGAUUUAUGGAAGAGUUUGAACCGACGCGCCGAGGGCUCUUUGGAACUUUCGCUCGUGAACCGUGCAGAUGAGUGUGCUACCAAGGGAAAGAAGGCGAAUCGUUCGGAUCCGGUACCCGAUGCUGUUGGUAUUGGGGCUGCUCCUGGUGCUGUCAGACGCCGAAGCUGUUCACCAACAAUCGAACCACCUCCUACCGUUCACGAACACGUCGUUCAGGUUCGCCAAGGGCGCAUCUAAUCGCGGUAUUUCAGUCACCACGAUCCUGCAGGAUGGGGAACUCGAACGGGUCAUCCGGUUGCCUGGAAUUUGCGCCAAGGAGACUAUCGUCAAUUGGGGAGAUACAGACGUAGCACUGAGGCAAGUCUGGCUACAGGAGACGGCCAGAAAGUUGCAACUGAUAUACGAGGGUGGCACGCUGACCGACUGCGUGGACGACAAGCUCUCCAACGGUGACGAGAGAUCCUGCACGUUAAGCACGCACUUGGAACACGAUUACGCUGAGAAGACAUCCGUCGAGUUGUUCGACGUGGAUGACCACAAGGACGCGUUAAGGAUCCCGCAGAGCCUCUCCUGGCUCUCGUCCACAUCCGACCUGCGUCAUCGGUGCACCCACGUAAGGAACAGGGCACGAAAUCAACUGAUAACACAGUAUCGACAAAGAAAAUACACGAAACUGCUGAACGGAACAAGCAGCCACCAUCGUCAGAGACGAGGUAAAAGCCGUUCACGAAGGGACUUGUUGAUGAUUCCGGGGACACAAUGGUGCGGCCGCGGUCAUCGGGCCACGAAAUAUACGAAUCUAGGUGGUUUUGGCACAGCAGAUGCCUGCUGUCGUAAACACGACACAGCCUGUCCUUUUUUCAUUCCGGCUUUCGAGACUCGCUACGGUCUUUUCAACUGGGGUAUCUCAAGCAUGAUGCAUUGUGCAUGUGACGAACGAUUUCGUACGUGUUUAAAAAUGGCCGACACAGCAUCGGCGAAUUUUAUCGGCAAGAUCUUCUUCGACAUAUUAAGAACAAAGUGUUUCAUACUAAAGCCUCAAAAGGUUUGUACGAAAUGGUCUUGGAUGGGCAAGUGUCAACACCACGAGUACCGAAAGCAGGCUCACGUUCGCGACAAUGUUCGUUAUCAUUAA